AUGGAAGCCUCCGUUUUUGGAAAUCCGCUUCUGUUCACCCUGGAAGGCUGUUACAGCUUCUACGGAGGUUCCAUACUUUUCGUGCUAUCUCUCAUCUUUCUCAUCACCACUCUUCCAAUUCCGCCGGAGAGCAAGCCAUUCCCUGGUUUCAAGCUGUACGGUAAUCUGCCUGGAGACCCUUCAUUCACGAAGACAAAAGCACAGUACUCCACAUAUGGUGGCACCUGGAUCAAGAACGCCUAUGAACAAGCACGCGGCAAGGCAUUCCAGAUUAUCACAGGUACCGGACCAAUGAUCAUCCUCCCACCUCCUCUGAUAGAAGAAGUCCGGAAUAAUGGGAACAUGACUUUGAGCGGCUUCCUCGAACAUGAGUUUCUUCCAAAUUAUCCGGGAUUGGAACCUUGGAAGGGUCUGAGGAAUAGCAUCUUUCAGGACGUGGUCAAGAGGAACUUGACUACCGCCAUAGGCCCGCUUACACCUAGUCUAUCUUCGGAAAUGUCAAAGGCACUCAAGCAAUCAAUCCAGGGAAUUGGUGAUGUGAAGGCAGAGCUCGAAGCCCGACAACACGCCAAGAGAGUAUCAGAGGAAGACGGCAACACAGCGACCAGAUUCAACGAUGCUCUCGAGUGGUUCUCGGAAACAGCCAUUGGCAGGGAAUAUAACGUGACUGACGGCCAGCUGCUCCUCUCUUUCGCGGCCAUUCACACAACAAGCAUGACUCUCUACGCUUUCAUGUUCGACAUGCUCUCCUCCCCUGAAAUCAUUCCCGAUCUGCGCAAGGAAAUGAUCCAGGUGCUGACCGAGGACGGUAGCCUCACAAAGCAGAGCAUGUACAAGCUCAAGCUACUAGACAGCUGCCUGAAGGAGAGCCAGCGAAUCAGCAACUUCGGACCAACAUCCCUCCACCGCCGCGUCGAGCGUCCCGUGACGCUUUCCGAUGGCACACACCUGCCAAAAGGCUGCAUCACCGCCUUUCCCACAUUAGUGAUGCACGACCCAGAGAUAUACGGGCCCAACCCGCUGAGGUUCGACGGACGCAGGUAUCUGCGCAUGCGGCAGCAGCCCGGCCAGGAGAACAAGGGACAGUUCGUCACGACGAGCGCGGAUCAUUUUGGCUUCGGCCACGGCAAGUUUGCGUGCCCGGGGCGGUUCAUGGCGGCCAAUGUUUUGAAGAUCAUGAUCGUGCAUCUGCUGCUCAGGUACGAUUGGAAGCUGGCCGAUGGGGCGAGGAAGAGCCUUGUGGAGUCUGAACUCAGGCCCGACCCUUCGACGGCGGUCCUAUGCAAGCGUCGGGUCUCCGAGUUUGAGACGUUCUGA